GGACUCCCUAAUUUCCCCAAGGUCCAACGAACAGUACGUUUUUCGUUUCAAUUGCUCCGCUUUUUACAAAACCCUUCUCUAUUUACGGCGAAUCCCUUUUCAACAACAUUUCACCCUCCAUUGAAAGCAGCCGCCAUGACUACCUUCCGCAUUGUAGACAACGAGGAGCAAGACAACCGCUACGACCUCUUUGACGUUUACUUCCACAGCGACACAAUCAAAACAACGGUCACUUCCGAUCCGGAAAUCGUCACUCAGUGGAUCUCCGAAACCGAAUCCUCUCUCCACGACCGCCGCCAUCUUAUCGUUGGACUUGACGUCGAGUGGCGGCCCAGUUUUCACCGCAACCAGCAAUUCAAAGUUGCAACUCUCCAGCUCUGCGUCGAUCGCCGCUGCCUCAUAUUCCAACUCCUCUACUGCAGUUCAAUUCCAGAUUCCCUCGUUAGUUUUCUGUCCAACGGAGACUACACGUUUGUUGGGGUUGGAGUUGAGAACGAUGUGGAGAAGUUGGUGGAAGAUCACGAUCUUAGCGUGAGUAAUAUGGUGGAUUUGAGAGCUUUGGCAGCUGAUGCAUAUGAGAUGAGUAAUUUGAAAACUGCUGGGUUGAAGGAGCUGUGCAAUGUUGUUCUUGGAAGAGAGAUUGAGAAGCCUAGACAUAUUACUAUGGGUAGGUGGGACAGUGAAUGGUUGAGUUUGGAUCAAAUUAAGUAUGCUUGUGUUGAUGCAUUUGUUUCUUUUGAGAUUGCAAAGCAUUUGAAUGUUGCCGCUGCUGCUCCUUGAAGAUUCUGGGUGAAGAUUUGGUUUGAUAUUGUUAAUUGAAUGAUUAUAGCUUCUGGCUUCUUGGUUUCGAAGUAUGUUAACUGGGUGAAGAUUUAGAACUUUUAUGUCAAGAGUUUAAGUUAUAUGCACAAUGGCGUAAAAAUUCUUAUGUAAGUAUGAGUUGUUAAAUGAUACUAAUUGACAUAUUAUAACAUAGUAUAUAACUUAAAUCUUUAAACUUAAUCUUAGUUGUGAAAACAUCAGCUGUUAAAGUUCUGUGUAUGCCUAGAGUGUGUGUGUUUAGAUUCUAAUUAACUUAAACUUUCAAUCUGUUUAUUUUCUUGACUGACUAAGGGUUUUCCCUUUUCCUUUUUUGUCAAGAAUGUUCUCCUUCUAAAGCUGAUUUUUGUGAUC